AUGUCUCUUACUGUUCCAAAGACUCAAUACGCAUGUGUGUUUGAUAAACCAUUUGGUCCGAUUGUGUACAAAAAGACUGCAGUCCCAACUCCUAAGCCAACGGAGAUUUUGGUCCAUGUCUUGUACUCCGGUGUUUGCCAUACCGAUUUACAUGCUUGGAGGGGUGACUGGGAGUUGAAAACAAAGCUUCCAUUGGUCGGAGGUCACGAGGGUGCUGGUGUCGUCGUUGCAAAGGGUUCCCAAGUGACUAGCUUUGAGAUUGGUGACUAUGCUGGUAUCAAAUGGUUGAAUGGCUCAUGUAUGAGCUGUGAAUACUGUAUGCAAGGUGCUGAACCAACUUGUCCUGACGGUGAUUAUUCCGGUUAUACUCAUGACGGAACUUUCCAGGAGUAUGCUACUGCUGAUGCUGUUCAGGCAGCUCAUCUUCCUAAGGAUGUGAAAUUGGAUGCUGUUGCUCCAAUAUUGUGUGCAGGUGUUACUUCUUACAAGGCUUUGAAGACUGCUGAUUUGCGUGCAGGCCAAUGGGUUGCCGUUUCUGGUGCAGGAGGAGGUUUGGGAUCUCUCGCCGUUCAGUACGGUGUUGCUAUGGGUUUGAGAGUUCUUGCUAUCGAUGGUGGUGAUGACAAGGCUGCUCUUUGUAAAUCAUUAGGAGCUGAAGCUUUUGUUGAUUUCACCAAGACUAAGGAUCUCGUGAAGGAGGUUCAGAGAAUUACUAAUGGUGGUCCCCACGGUGUUAUUAAUGUGUCUGUUUCUGAGAAGGCUAUCAACCAGUCUACUUUGUAUGUUAGACCAUUGGGUAAGGUUGUUUUGGUCGGUAUGCCAGCAGAUUCCAAGCUUACUUGUGAUGUUUUAACACAGGUCUUUAAAUGUUCUCAGAUCAGAGGAUCUUGCGUCGGUAAUAGAGAGGACACUGCUGAGGCUUUGGACUUCUUUUACAGAGGACUUGUUCACUCUCCAUUUGAGGUCGUUGGCUUGUCGAAGUUGCCAGAAGUUUUCAAAUUGAUGGCCGAAAACAAGAUUGUUGGUCGUUACGUUCUCGACACUUCCAAAUAA